AUGGAUUAAAAUCAUCUAAAAUUAAACUUUAGUCAAUUCAUUGUAGAGAAACAAAAUUCAUAUACUGAUGAUUAUAAACUAGGAGUAAUUUGAAUAUAUAAAUAAAGGGUGUAUUGGGUGUAGGAGCAUUUUCAUAAGUAAGAAAAGUCACACAUCGUAAAACAAGAACAAUUCGUGCAAUGAAAGUAUGAUUAGAAAUAAAUUUGUAGGUAAUCAGCAAAUCAAGAUUAUCAACAGCAGAAUUAUAAUAAAAGUUUAUAAAUGAAAUAAAUGUUUAUAAGUAAUUAGACCAUCCACACAUACUUAAACUAUAUGAAUUUUAUCAGGAUGAGAAAAACUAUUACAUUAUCAUCGAAUUAUGUACAGGGUAUGAGAUACCAUAUGAAUUAGUGGUGAAUUAUUUGAUAAGAUAAUAGAAAAAGGAAGUUUUUCUGAAAAGGAAGCUUCUUACAUAAUGAAAUAAAUAAUGUCAGCAAUACUUUAUGCUCAUAAUUAAAAUAUUGUUCAUAGAGAUUUGAAACCAGAAAAUGUGUUAUUAGAUAUAACUAGUUAAGGAAAUUAUAAUGUAAAAGUAGUUGAUUGGGGAACUGCUAAAAUCUUUUCACCUAACUAAUAAAUAAAUGAAAAAUUUGGAACUCUUUAUUAUAUGGCUCCAGAGGUUUUGAGACGUAAUUAUAAUGAAAAAUGUGAUAUUUGGUCUUGUGGAGUAAUAUUAUAUAUUCUUUUAUCUGGUACACCUCCAUUUAAUGGUAGAACAGAUGCAGAGAUUUAAAAAAGUAUUUUGAAUGGGAAAUAUUCAUUAGAAGUAAUGAUGUAUUUUUAUUUGGAUAGGGUGAAGUAUGGGAUAUAGUUAGUUAACAAGCAAAAGAUUUAGUUACAAAAAUGUUAUAAUAUGAUGUUUAAAAGAGAAUUAAUGCAAAAUAAGUGUUGGAACAUAAUUGGUUUUAAUAAUAACAUUAAGAAAAGUUGGAUAAAUAAGUUGUAUAAGGUAGAUUAAAGAAUUUAAUGAANACAUCAAAAUUAAGUAAAGUUCCAUUUAUAUCAAUAUGGUUAUAUAAGAUCGAACUUUGUCAAUUUGAAUAGAUUAGAUGA